AUGGCUUCUUCAUUUUCUUCUGAAAGUGGACACUCAAGGACAAAUGCUCUAAGACUAUCUUAUUGUGGAGAGAGAUCCCUUAUGAAGACUUUAAUGGCAUCUGGAAACAUGGAUAAAAGGUUUUAUGGUUGUGCAAGAUAUGGGGUUGAUGUAACUUGUGGCUACUUUGAAUGGGUUGAUCCACCCAUGUGCCAACAUGGAAAGGAGGUGUUGCCAAAGAUGGUUGCAAAGAUGAACCGGUUGGAGAAGGAACUAGCAACAAGUCGUAGAAGGGAGAAAAUGUUUUGUAAAGCUCUGUUUGGGACAUGGGUUUUUUUCUUUAUCAUAACAAUGUUUUGGUUAAAGCUGCUUGGAGGCAAGAAAAAUGGGUUGUUAUUGGGCCAUAGAGUUCGAGAGAUGAAAAAUACAAUGAAUAUGGAAAAUGAAGAAUGA